AAGUAGUGCAAUUGCGUUCAAAAUUGGAAAAAAUUCUCAUUUUUUUUGAGUUUUUGUGCCUUUUUACUUUGUUUAAAGCCUUUUUUCGUGCUGAAACAACGACCGAGCAGUGCCUUAAGCGACUUGCGUUGUUAAUUUCGAACGAAUCAUGUUAGAACGGUAGAAAAGAAGCAUCAAAAAUAUCACUUUGGGAUGUUUACGUAGCAAUAUAGCACUAUACUUAGCAAAAUUUAGACAAAAAUUCGAGAAAUCCGGAGCCAAAGUGUAAUUUUGGUCCGAAAUUCAACGUAAAAUGGCUUCGAGCGAGAAUAGCGACGACGGAGGAGGGCAUUUGCCAUUCCCGAGCAGCUACCCGAUCUUCACGGGAAACAAUGUGACCUCGUCAAAUUUGGAAAUAAUCCGAGAUUUUCAGGAAAGGUAUCAGGAAUUGAAGUUACAGCUCGCCAAUGUGACGACGGAAAAGCAACGCAUGGAACACGAAAUUUGCUUCUUGCGGAAGGAAAAUGAAGUCGCCAAAAAACGAGAACUUCACGCAUAUCGCGAAUACACGCAGCUCAAAAACGAAAUGGAUCGUUACAAGGAAUUCAAUGCCGACCCUCCGCGUUACAUCAAACUCGUGGAAAAUUUGACGGAGGAAAAUAAAAAGCUACAAGACUUAAAAAACGAAAGUGAGACCGAAGUAGCUACUCUAUUAUCGGAACGCGAUGCUGUGCUAAAAGAAAAUCAAAAAUUCAACGAAAUGAACGAAACUUUAAAGAAAGGCUUGGAAAAAGUCACUCGAAGUCGCGAUGACGCCUUGAAAGAAAUCGCCGUGUUACGCGACAAAAACGCGCUGCUUGAAAGUCGCAACGAUUUUGCCGCUGCCGAACGAAAAGAUCGCUUCGACCUUGAAACAGCAGUUCAGGAAAUUGAAAAACUGAAAAAAGCCUUGGAUAAAACGGAAGGCGAACUCACGAAAGCCGAAAAAGAGAUAAAAACAGCGAAGGAACGUCGUGACUGGGCAAUACAAGAACGAGAAAAAAUCGUGUUGGAACGCGAUUCGAUAAGGAUGCAAUGCGACGCGAUGCGAAAGGAGCGCGAUAAUGCAAUUUCCAAGAGCUUAAAGGCCCAAAUCGACCAAGAUGACAAAGAUAAAGCCAUCCGCGAGUUACGUGAAAAGUUGGAACAAUGCACUUUAGCUGCCAAAGAAGCUCGUUUAUCGAUCGGGGAUCGCGUACUGAGCUUAAACAACAAAUCCGUCGAUAGUUUUAAGGAUUUGACGCAAAUUAACGACACGCGAAACAAUAACAACGUCGCUCCGUUGACUUUGGUGAACGUUUGCAUGAAAGAUGUGUUGGAACAACCGCCGGAAAUGUCGAUGGGAAGGAAUUCGUUGCAAGAAAAGGGUCGUUUGUACAACCGGAUGGUGAAUUGUAGCACGCAAACCGACAAUAUGCACAGCAAUAGUGGCAGUGUCAACAGCAACAACAACCAAAAUCGCCUAAGUUUGGAUUUUAGCAACAACAAUAAUCAUUUUUUGCCGGCUAAUUUGACGACGCAGUACAAUAACAGUCCGAUUAAUACAACACCGCCUCCCGCAACAACCCCUGUGACAAUUUCCUCGGGAAAAUCCGCUUCAAAACGUGUUUCGGGAAUGCUAAAGAACUUUUUCAACAAGAAAGAUAACGAAAAUGACGCUUUGGCGUAUUUUGACUCCGUACUUGAGUCGGAUCAGGAGUCUUCCAAGUCGCCGCCGACGAAAGAUUCGAUCACGAAGCGUCUCCGUCGCAAGGGAAACAAAGAUCAGGCAGCUGAAAAAUACGUUGGAACAUGGCCCCGGGUAAGUGCGAACCCAAUUUCGCAUGAAAAUCACUCCGGAACGAUUGUACAUCCGCGCAAAAAGGACAAACAACGACAAACUGUCUAUAAUAUCUUCGAUGAUUGUCCUCCGAGUCACGAAACAUCCGAAAAUUACUUUGUUCCGUCGCCAGCUCCAAUAGCGCUUCAAAAAACGCAACAACAGAGCAAAUCAAAUAGAAAUUCGAACCCAAUUCCGGGAGAUGUCAAUCGGCGGAUCCUUUCCAGCAAAUAUCAGGACAUCAAUGAUGGCAAUCAAACGUUAAAAGCGACGCCACAGAAAUAUCGAAGCAUCUUGUACGAUCAGUCAAAACCGAAUCCCAUGAAUCGACACAGCCUGAAUUUACAAAAUCUGCAAAGUUCACAGGAAAAACACUCGUUAGACUUUAUUCCGAUAAAAAAUUCGAUAGAUUUACCGUCGUUGCAUUCGAUUAGCAAAAGUCCCAUCAACCAUCCAAACGUACGAAAUUCCGCAACGACCCCGCUGCUUGAAUAUUACAUCAAUAACAACAGUAAGAGUCAAAAAUUCGCGUCGGAUACUGAAAGUAUACCUGAAUAUCCGCCGCCAGGGAAUACGAGUACGCUUCCAAGUCAACUUCGGAACAAGUCGGGAACGAAUCGGGUGCAAAGUCAUCUCUUUAAUUAUCCCUCAAGCGGUUCAGGGAACGGAGUUCGACGUUAUCCGAGUCCCUCGACGAUUGUUUCGUCGCCUGGAAACGACAUUUUGGGACUUCCCUUGGAUACGAUGAGCAUGUCGCAUCAUUCGCAGAGCUCUUCGAUCGAUUAUUCGCUGCGUUAUGGGCGUCUUCAGUCGUCAAAAGAGGAAGUUCCUACUUCUUGCAUGUAUGAUGUCGUCGGUACUUUCCCUCGGAAGAAAGAAAAUCAGAGAAUUCGCAUCUCGUCGAAUCAAAGUAUGGCGUCGCGUGGCUCCGGAGUGAAAUUGAGCAAUGGAUCGAUCGAUUGCGGCUCGGAAAGAGCGUCGCCGAUGCCAAUUGUGAGUGUUCAUGUCAUCGAGGAAGGUCAUUCGAAUAAACGUAACUCCAUGCCGGUGUUUAAUAAGAUGAAACCAAACAUCGGGAUGUUGCGCGAAAUUCACAUUGACAAAGUUGAGAGUCCGCUGGGCAUCAAAAUCGUUCAAACGCAAGAGCACGGAGGCAUUUUCAUCUCAAGUGUCACCGAGGGAAGUCUCGCGAGUCAAAUUGGACUGCAAGUUGGCGAUUUGCUGCUCGAAGUUUGCGGCAUCAACAUCCGACUGGCAACUUACGAGUUCGCUGCUUGCAUUUUGCGUCAAGUUCAGGAGUCGAUUACGAUGCGAGUUCAGUAUUUCCCGGACAAAUUCGAGGCAUAUUUAGUCAAAUCCACAGAUGGAUCGAUGCGCAUCCCCUCCGGUUCGGGAUCGCCAACGCCGCAAAAUUCGCCACAAAUGACCCGCAGUAUUAUGUCGACAGAUUCGUUGCGUGGCUUUGACAUGUCGCCGUCGCCUUCAACGAGACCCAUCAACAGCCAUCGAUCGAUUCGCAGCUCGCAACUUUCCCAAAAGUCGAAAGAUUUCAGUGACAGUUUGGAGCAUCCGAUCGAGGCAUCGACGCAAUCCAGUCCGAAUAAUUUGUACAAAGAUGACAUGUACAAGCCGCGAUUUUUGCUCAUGGAAACACGGAAAACGGCAAAUUUGGGCAUUUCGUUGCUGGGAGGAAACGCAUACGGGAUCUUUGUGCAUAGCGUGAAGCCUGGAUCGAUUGCUGAUCAAGCGGGACUUCGUGUUGGCGAUCAAAUUUUGGAGUAUAAUGGGACGGAUUUGAGACGAGCAACGGCGGAAACGGCAGCUUAUGAACUGGCGAAGCCUGCGGAUAAUGUGACAGUUCUUGCGCAAUUUAAUCCACAAAAAUGCAAUCAAAUCAAAGACAAACCGGGCGAUUCUUUGUACAUCCGUGUCGGUUUCGAUCGAAACACAGACUUGCGAGAGUCGGAAUUGGCAUUUAACAAAGAUGACGUUCUCUAUGUUGAUAAUACAAUGUUCCGUGGAUCCGGACAAUGGCGUGCUUGGAAGCUCGAUGAGUAUGGGCAUCGCAUUGCUUGUGGCGUAAUUCCAUCUCAAAUGAAGGUUGAAGACGAAUUACGUAUCCUUGGCGAUGGAACAGAUGGCGAGUCAACAACGCGACGUGGAUCAACUUCUGCUCGCAGAUCAUUCUUCAAACGAAUCAAGCCACAACGAAGCUCAUCGAGAGACAGUAAAGAGCUCGCGUCGUUCAGCAACACGCAUUUAAGUCUAAAUUUGGAGUCAGCAUUGAAUGAAUUUGACUCCGUUAGCACGUAUCAACGAGUUGAGAGACUGGAAUUAAAAUAUCGUCCCGUGUUGGUUUUGGGUCCGUUAGCUGAAUUCGUCGUUGACAAACUCACAAGUGACUAUCCGGAAGUCUUCCAACGUUGCAUGAUUAAUACGAUAAGCAACAAGGAAGCGCUCGAACAAGGUCUGCAAAGUAAUGCAAUUGUCGAUUACAGGCGACGUGGAAACGUUUUUGAGUGUACGACAAUUCAAGCGAUUCGUGAAGCGAAGACUUUUCAUUGCAUUUUGGAUAUUUGUGUCUCGGCUGUUGAACGCCUGCAAAGAAAUCAAAUUCAUCCGAUCGUACUGCUAAUUAGAUUCAAGUCAGCAAAGCAAAUUAAGGAAAUAAAGGAUCUCGGAUACUCGACAGACAAGAUAUCUGGCAAAGCUGUGAAGGAAAUGUACGAACAUGCUCUAAAACUGGAGUCGGAUUAUCGGCAAUAUAUUUCAGCAAUAAUUCCUGCUGGAGUCGUAAACAUUACUCACAUUUGCAAUCAAGUAAAGGCCGCAGUUGAUGCUGAGCAGAAAAAGAUUCUUUGGGUCCCUUCAAGCAAUCAAUAGAAGAAAAACUAAAGCAAUAAAAAAAGUGUCUUCCCAAUAAAAAAAAAAAAAUAAUUAAAUAAAUAUUUAGCUAAAAAAAUGUUUCUUAACCCUGAUUUGAGUUUGGAAAAAGGGUCAAAAUUUGUUCUUUUUUGAAAUAUUUUUAUUAUCAAUCAUUAAUUUUUAAGCCUAAAAAUAAUUGAAGUGAAAAUUUAAAUAUGAAUUAUUUUCUACGAUAAAGUAAUCAAUAUUAUUAUUAAAUAUAUUAUAUAAAAAAAGAAUAAUAUAAGAAAAAAAUGAAAAAAAUAACAAAUAUUUUUAUAUA